AUGCCUCCAGCCAGUUCGUCGUUUACGGCAUUGAAUUUGCCAGAAACAUUUUCUCUCCCACAAUGCAUGGAAUAUUUUACCCUUACCGCUGGUCCCAAUACCGAUCUCUGGCGGAAGCCCCCAAAUGGUGACACGUCCACAGCCCCCAUUAUAUUCACAUCACUGCGAAAUCCAUUUAUACUCGCAGAAGUGACGGUUAGUGCGGACUGGGAAAUGGAAUGGGACCAGGGUGGACUGGUUAUUUUUGCCGGAGCCGCACCACAAUCCUGCUCGUCCGAGAGCGUCCCAUUGGAUUCCGGAACGCGAUCGAGUCGCUCGGGAUACCCCCAGAUCGCACGACCGUGCAAAUGGGUCAAGGCGGGUAUGGAAUUUAGCUCGGGCACUGUGAACGCCUCAUCGGUCAGUGCAACUGCGGAUGGAGCCGAUUGGUGUCUUUCACCGCUCAGCCUCCCCGACAGCGGGCCUUCAACCGUGCAGUCGCUGCGUAUCAAAUUAGAGCGGAUCGGCAACUCCCUCUGGAUCUGGUACCAGAUCCCAUCCGCCGUUCCCUAUGCACUGACGCCGAGCGCAGUGAGCAGCACGUGGAAGAAGCUACGGGAGGUGACAUGGUUCUUCUACGGCGUGGAAGACAAGUUUAUCCAUGUGGGAGUGUACGCGAGUCGGCCAAAUAACAUAUCUCGCAAUAGUACCAUGUGGGAGAUGAUGAACGGUCCGGUUUUAAGCGAGUCCACACGCAGCCACGACCCACGAAUGGCUUAUGAGCCUACGACUCCAUGUUUUGCGCCGCUGGUUGGGCCCAACAUGUUGAGUCUCUUUUUGUUUCUCCCCCUGGUUUACCAUAAUUGUUUUGAGGAUACGGUGUCAAGCAUACAGGGGGACAUGAUGAGCGUACCGGUGUUUUUCUAUCAUUCUGUUCUCUUACUUCUUCGAGAUACUUGA